UAAUUUCAUCGUUUCAAGUUUUCAUCACCCUCAUGUCUCGAGAUCCAUGAUACUUGCUUAGUCUCCAUAAUAAGUGAGCAGUACUACCUUUAUCACUGACGAAGCAUGUUCUCCUCCAGUAGGUUACAAGCAAUCUAAUUCUAAAGUAAGCUCAAGAGAACAAAGCAGUUACUCUGACCCCCAUCCAAUGAGCUGCAUGCGAGAUCCUUGUGGAGAAAAUUCACAAAGCAUUUACCUCUUUACUUUCUGGAUAAGAACUGCACGAACAUCAGAAUUCUGCAGCACCCGUUGUCCUGAAGUCCCACUUGAAUCAUGACUCGGUUAUCAUCCAGAAUCAGAUGCCUGUGCCCAGUUGUGGUGUUUAGCUUGUUGGGGUGCCUGAUCACGAUCCGGUUAUACUCCAUAACGAGCCAACCCUUUGUGCCUGGUGCAAAAAUUCAAAUGCCUAACACCUAUCUUUCUCAAUUUGGUGAGCUCGUAGAUGUGGAGGAACUGGAACACCCACCCUUAUCGAAAGGGCAAGACACGCAAACUACAAGCCUGGUUGAUGAGUUUCUUGACAAGGGCUCCCAGAUCAGGAGUUUUUUCUUUCCUGAUAAGAGAAACGCUAUCGAUCCGGGGGAAGGGAGUGAUAGGAAUUACUAUUAUCCAGGAAGAAUUUGGCUGGACACGGAUGGGAAUCCAAUCCAAGCUCAUGGAGGCGGGAUUUUGUACGAUGAGAGAUCAAGGAGGUACUACUGGUAUGGUGAGUACAAGGAUGGUCCAACCUACCGUGCUCCUAGGAAGGGCGUGGCCAGGGUGGAUGUCAUUGGAGUUGGAUGUUAUUCUUCCAAGGAUUUGUGGACUUGGAAGAAUGAGGGCGUUGUGCUGAAAGCAGAAGAAAAGAACGAGACUCAUGAUCUACACAAGUCCAAAGUUCUAGAGAGGCCUAAAGUGAUUUACAAUGAGAAGACACGUAAAUAUGUAAUGUGGAUGCACAUUGAUGAUGCUAACUACACUAAAGCCUCAGUUGGAAUUGCUAUCAGCAGUUCUCCAACUGGUCCAUUUGUUUAUCUUUAUAGCAAGAGUCCUCACGGAUUCGAUAGCAGGGACAUGACAAUUUUCAAAGAUGGAGAUGGUAUAGCAUACCUGUUUUACUCUUCUCUGCACAAUAGACAAACUCAUAUUGGUCCCCUCAGUAAAGAUUAUCUUGAUGUUACAAAUUCUAUGACCAAGGUUUUAGUCGGACAGCACAGAGAAGCGCAUGCUGUGUUUAAACACCAAAGCAACUACUACAUGAUCACAUCAGGCUGUAGUGGCUGGGCACCCAAUGAGGCACUGGUUCAUGUGGCUGAAUCAAUUAUGGGGCCAUGGGAGGCCAUUGGAAACCCUUGCUUUGGAGCAAACAAAGUUUUUCGGGUCAACACAUUCUUUGCUCAGAGUACAUUUGUACUUCCCAUGCCAGGGGGACCUCCGGGGUCAUUUGUUUUUAUGGCUGAUCGUUGGAAGCCAGAUGACUUGCGCGAUUCAAGAUAUUUAUGGCUGCCUCUAAUUGUGGAGGAAGAAGCAUACCAACAGCUGCCUCUUGUUAGUCCUAUAAGGCCCAAAGUAUCAAUCUUUUGGAAUGCAAAAUGGAUGAUACCUUACAGAGGAAUUCGUGAGAACUCACGAUGAGGUUUUUCAUGCCAAUAAAUCAUUGAGCAACAUAACAAGGUUUAAUGUGUCUUUAUCCAACUACAGGCACAAGGUAGCUCAAUCAUGUGUACACUUUAUCUAACCGGGAUACAAAGGAAACGGAAAUAACAGAGCCAAUAUGCUAGCUCCAUCGCAAAAUGUUCUGCUCUGGGCAAGAUGUCUAUUAAUUUCUUUAGCUUGUAGUUUUGCAGUUUAGUAUCUGUUGUACGAAGCAAGAUAAUUCUUGAUAAAUAGUAUCCAAGAUGUAGAAGCCUGCAUUGUUCCCAGGAAAAGCAGCAUAAAAUCCUUCAGUUGGUUGCCAAAA